AUAACAACUUUUGUAGACAAUGUCACUUUAGAUUCAGUUUUGUCUGAGCUUUAGAUAGGAACACAAUGGCGGCUAAGAACUGGGAGACCAACGAGGAGAUUGAAUAUUUCCGCGAAUACCUGCGCAUCCCAACCGUGCAUCCGAAUCCUGAUUAUGAACCUUGCGUAGAAUUCCUAAAGCGCCAGGCUGAGGAUUUGGAUCUACCCGUUAAGGUUUACUAUCCCCUCGAUAAGAAAAAUCCCGUAGUCGUUUUGAGCUGGGAGGGCACUGAAAGGGAAUGGCCGAGUAUCUUGCUAAACUCCCACAUGGAUGUAGUUCCCGUGUUCCCCGAAAACUGGACUCAUCCACCGUUUGGGGCAGACAUCGAUGAGGAGGGCCGCAUUUUUGCCAGAGGAUCACAGGACAUGAAGUGUGUGGGUGUGCAGUAUUUGGCGGCCAUCAGAUCGUUGAAAGCCAAAGGAUUGAGAUUCAAGCGUACCAUUCACAUAUCAUUCGUUCCCGAUGAAGAGUUAGGUGGGCGAAAGGGAAUGAUGCCUUUUGUCAGUUCGGAGGAGUUUAAGGCCCUGAACAUUGGCUUUUCCCUGGACGAGGGAAUCGCUUCUCCGACUUCCGAGUUUCCCGUUUUCUACGCCGAGCGAACUUUGAAAGGUGUUAUUUUCAGGAUCAGUGGAUCGGCGGGACAUGGCUUACUUCUAAUGCCGAAUACAGCGGGCGAGAAGCUGAGUUAUAUAACUAGCAAGAUGAUGGAGCUCCGUGCGAGUCAGCAAAAGCGCUUGAAGGAUAAUCCAGAGUUGCAGAUUGGCGAUGUGACCACCAUUAACCUGACCAUCGUCAAUGGCGGAGUCCAAAGCAAUGUGGUGCCACCCUUGCUGACGGUCGUUUUUGAAGUUCGACUGUCUUUGGAUCAUAAAGUCUCCGACUUUAAAGUUUAUUUGGAGAACUUGUGUGAAGAGGCUGGUGGCGACAUCGAGUUCGAGUUCACUUCAAACCGAAGAAGCGAACACACUGCGCCCACUGUCACUGAUGAGUCGAAUCCCUUUUGGGUGGCCUUUAAAAGUGCCACUGAUGAGCUAGGCCUGAAGACCAAGCUGCAGGUCUUUCCCGGUGGCACCGAUAGUCGCUACAUUCGGGAGAUAGGCAUUCCGGCAUUGGGAUUUUCUCCUAUCAAUAACACUCCGGUUCUUCUGCACGACCACGAUGAGUUUCUACACGCAGAAAGGUACCUAAAAGGUGUUGAGAUAUACAAGAAAAUUAUUGAAAACUUGGCCAACGUUGAAAACUAAUUUCUUCUAAAUUAGCCCUGUUU